GGUGUGCAGGGAACAAGACAAAACAAAUGGAUAUAUGAAAAAUGGAGCGGUGAUGGCUAGAAAGCCGGUGACGUCGACCGCCGAACGCCGCUCGAACAAAGAGAGGAGCCGACUUCGGCGGAAGUCGUGACACAGGCACAAGUCUUGCCUUUACCUUUUCUAUUGAAGUGGUUGUACAAUAGAAUGUGUACCUUCGUCCUCUCAUCUUAUGUGAAAUUAAAUGUAAUUAUGUUGUUUCAAUCGGCUCAGUGUCUGCCAUUAUGUGCUAAAGUACAGACGGAAUAAAGCUCCUCUUGAGCAUACCUGUACAGCCCUCUGCCUACGGUCUCUUUACACUAGUUACAAGACAUAUAUUUUGUAUUCAUAUGUUGAGGGGUUCCAGGCAAAGGUGUCUUCUGAACAUCUCUUCAGCGGUACUUAUAUGUCCAGUAACUACCGUAUACAAUUAAUAAUUUCCACAAAUGUGUCAACAAAACAAAAAAUAUUCUGGCAUAAUUGUUCAAGUUUGAAUAAACACAUUUUUAUGUAAUUGGGUGGUGCAUUUCUUUCUUUUCAUUCAUAUUGCGACAUACGACCACAUUAAACUCCCUCUGCAGUGGUCUUCUAGGUUACCAGUUUGGCGUGAAUCACAUGAAAAACAUCUCUGUAAUGGACUGUAGCCAUCUACUGGCAGUAUGAGCACUGCUAAUUAAAUCCCCCUUGGAAAUCAGUCAUGCAUUUGAAACCCAGUCUGCCUCUGUUUCUAUAAACACUACACAAUGGAUGUUCUGCAUUUUGCUCUCACUCAGCAGGAAAUGUCCUCGGCUGUUCAGAGAAACCGGGUGAGAUGUUUCUUAUUUUACCACAAGCCUCCCCCAGCCGAUUCUCAUACCAGCACUGUGCACCAAAAAGCAAAAAAGUGAUCAGGAGGAUGUGUGCCAGACAGCUCACUUGUGUCCAGGACUAAGCGGUAGCACUUUGCUGUUGUCUGUGAUUCGGCCGCUGAGCUCCAGCCCUCUCUGGAGUAGUACACCUCGUCUCAGUGGGAAACUCAACCAGUCUCCCCUUCCUUCCCUGGCUGGGAGCAGCCGUCAGCAUGGAGGAUACCACAGCCAUAGUCACCACAGUCCAUUGUGCACCAGUCACCAAAGCUGCAAAGCAGCAGGCCCCAGGUGAUGAGGAGGACGAGGAAGCCGGGGGCUCGGACAUAGGAACAGAAAGCUGGAACACACAGAGUGCCGCUUCUGCUGCGAUGAAACUCCCUGUGCUCACGCAGCCUGGCCUGGGGGUAACCACGACAACAGUGACCACCAUCACUCAGACAGGAGGGGAUUGGAGCAGCAGUCUGUUCAACGUGUGUGGAGACAGGACCGCAUGUCUCUUAGGGGUCUUUGUGCCCUGUUGCUUGGACCUGAGUCUGGCCCACCAGUACGGGGAGUGUCUGUGUCUGCCCCUGCUCCCUGGCUCCACAUUCGCCAUGCGGGUGGGCAUCAGGGAGAGAUACAAGAUACAGGGCAGCGUCUGUGAGGACUGGACUACAGUGUAUUGCUGCUACCCCCUGGCCAUCUGUCAGAUGAUCCGAGAGAUGAAGAGGAGGAUGAAGAGCCAAACCUACAAAGUAUCCACUGCACUAGAGUGUUCCUGACAACAUGGCUGUCUGUGUGUUAGAUUCAUUCAUCCAGGUCAGGACCACAUUUUAUUCAUAUUACAAUAUUCAUGAUCUAACCUUGGUACCUAUAGCAAACUUGGCUUGUGUAUAGAACCUUCAGAGGCUCAUGUCAUUUCAUUGGUGCAUCAAUGAUGUCUGCAUAUGACUAUGUCACAGAUGGAUGAUUACUAUGUCACAGAUGGAUGGAUGAUUACUAUGUCACAGAUGGAUGGAUGAUUACUAUGUCACAGAUGGAUGAUUACUAUGUCACAGGUGGAUGAUUACUAUGUCACAGAUGGAUGGAUGAUUACUAUGUCACAGAUGGAUGGAUGAUUACUAUGUCACAGAUGGAUGGAUGAUUACUAUGUCACAGAUGGAUAAUUACUAUGUCACAGAUGGAUGAUUACUAUGUCACAGAUGGAUGGAUGAUUACUAUGUCACAGAUGGAUGGAUGAUUACUAUGUCACAGAUGGAUAAUUACUAUGUCACAGAUGGAUGGAUGAUUACUAUGUCACAGGUGGAUGAUUACUAUGUCACAGAUGGAUGGAUGAUUACUAUGUCACAGGUGGAUGAUUACUAUGUCACAGAUGGAUGGAUGAUUACUAUGUCACAGAUGGAUGGAUGAUUACUAUGUCACAGGUGGAUGAUUACUAUGUCACAGAUGGAUGGAUGAUUACUAUGUCACAGAUGGAUAGAUGAUUACUAUUACAGAUUACUGUCACAUCCGUCUAAAUGGUGAUUAUUACAGGUCUCUAUGGGGGUCAUCAUACUACAGGUUCCCGUUUGGUGUCUUAUGAGAGCCCUAGUGAUCAUUCUAGGGUUUCUGAGGACAUCCCUGUUUAAGAUGAGUCGGCAUAUGUAAAAUAAAGUUAUUUAAGUUAAGAAUUAAGUUAAGAAUGUAUUUGGGGAUGGGGACUUAGGCUUGGUAUUUGAGCCUGUGUAGGAUGUGGAACAUCAGUGAUACUUAAUCAGACAAUGUUUCAUAAAUGUUUGCAAAGUAAAAUAAAAUUCCUAAACAAUUGUAUGAAACAGUCCAUGUAGGCUAAGCCAUUAAAUAAU